UGCUGCCAAUCAGUGCCACCUAUCAGUGCUAGUCAGUGCCGCCUAUCAGUGCCAGUCAGUGCCACCUAUCAGUGUGCAUCAGUGCCGCCUAUCAGUGCCGCCUAUCAGUGCUGCCUAACAGUGCCAUCAGUGCCUCCUAUCAGUGCCAGUCAGUGCCGCCUAUCAGUGCCGCCUAUCAGUGCCAUGCCCAUCAGUGCCACCUAUCGGUGUCCAUCAGUGCAGCCUAUCAGUUCCCAUCACUGCAGCCUCAUUAGCGCACAUCAGUGAAGGAGAAAAAUCACUUAUUUACAAAAUUUAAUAA